AUGUAUAGACCGACGACGAGAUAUGAAUGGUGGUUGUGCAGCGGGUUGCUCGCACAAGCAGUCUUGACCAUCGUCUUCGAGAUCUAUAUACUGGUUGAAUGGCAACGAUGGGUCACACCUACCAUCAAUCAAGUGCCGGUGUCCUACCUGAUUCCAAUUAACCUAGGCAUUCUGAUAUUCGCCUGCCUGUUUGAGUUGUUUCUAUCCUUGGAUGCAAUCCACCACAAGAAUAACAUCCUUCUAUUUGCAGUCUGUAUCUGUAAUGCCUGCAGCUUCGGUUAUUCUGUGAUGCAAUUUCUCGUCAUGAGAGAUACUACUGCAAGACUGUUCGAGUCACGUUUCAACUAUCCGACACUGGUGGAUACUACACGCAAUGUGUGGCCUCAGGUCCAGCCAGCAGAGAUCCUCUCCGUUCACGGCAGCUUGGAUACUCGGAUGCGUUAUCUGGCCUAUGAGGUUUUUCUGGUACUGAUAAAGCUAAACCUCUAUUUUCUGAUUGGCUUCAUUAUCCAAUAUAAUCUAGUAUAUGUGCACUUUAAAGAACCAGAGUAUACUUUGACGAUGCUGCUCAUCCCUGUCGCCAUCAUUGCGAUAUUUCUUGGGGUCUGGUUUGUCCAGCGAGAACGAACCUUUAGUACAAUUGCUAUUAUUAUGAGCUACCUUGCCUUGGUCGCGUAUCUUAUCAGCCGGAUUGUGAUUCUAUCUUCGGCAAAUACAGCCGGCAAGAGCAUGAUGUUGUUUUUCGCCGCGUUGUCCUUGGUACUGACUGCUGCAACGGUUGUCUGUACUGCUAUUUGCAUCAAAAACUUUAAUAGGGGGUUGAGAGCCAUUAACCAGUCAAAAAGUGCCAACGCUCGGGAUUCAUACCUUUUGUACAACAGGACCGCCUCCGCAGAGUUGUCCCCUGGUCUUCCGCGCCCCUACUCUCGUCUCACGCUUGACUAA